GAAACCAGCCGACUCAGCUUCCAACUGGAGAAGGCCACUGAGGAGAAUAAACGCCUGCGCGAACAGCUGGAAUCCACGUCCAGUCGGCUGGACACUCUGGAGAAGGAGCAGGCGAAACGCGACCAGGCCAAACAGGACCUGCGUGGCCUGGAGGAGACCAUUGUCAAGGAGCUGAACAGUCUGACGACACUCCGGCGUCUGUUUGUGCAGGAUUUGCGGAACCGGGUCAAAAAGGUGUGUGCUGCUUUGUGCAUCGUAUUAUCAUAA